GUUUUUCUCACCGGUGCCAUAAGGAUUCUAACCUGAGUUUGCCAAGACCCUUCUCCACAAAAAAAAACUUUCUUAUAAUUUUGCUAUUCUUGGCCAGUAACACAAUGACACAUGGGCUAAUUUUUUCAUGUGUCAUUGUGUUAUUUGCCGAGAUAGUUGCAACUUUGCAUGAGAGUUUCUUUCAAUAGUGUUAGCAAGUGACUUUUUUUCUUAAAUAAAUACAUGAAAAUAUAAGAGAACUCACGUGCAUUCAGCAUGCACAGCUAAACCCUUCCAAAAACCCCAUUCAAACUCUAAGUCUUCGAGUGUCCAACAAGCUCCUCCUCUCCAAAAUGAACCAAGUCUCAAUACAACCACCCCCUCCUCCACCGCAUCCACCCAACGCCGACCCUCGCAUCCUCCACGCCCGAGCCAUCACCGCCGCCAACAUCGACCGUUCCCUCCGCAAUAACCUCAUCACUCUCUACUCCAAGUCCAAUCUCCUCUCCUACUCUCUCCGCCUCUUUCACCAAAUCUCUUCUCCCAAUGUCGUCUCAUGGACGGCCGUGAUCUCGGCCCACUGCAACACCCUCUUCGCCCUCCAACACUUUGUUUCCAUGCUCCGCCACCCCACUUUCCCCAACCAGCGCACCUUCGCUUCCCUCUUCAAAACCUGCGCUUCUCUCCCUUCUCUCUCCUUCGGCCUUGCCCUCCACUCCCUAUCUCUCAAGCUCGGCGUCUCGGCGCAGCCCUUUUCCGGGUCUGCCCUCAUUCAUUUCUACUCCAAAUGUCGCUUACCCAUUGAAGCCCGCAAGUUGCUCGAUGAAAUUCCCCACAAAGACGAGGUUUGUUAUGCCGCGGUGAUUGUUGGGUUGGCGCAGAACUCGAGACCCGUUGAGGCGUUGUCCACUUUUGCUGACAUGAAAUGUUCUGAUAUUGGGUCUACUAUGUAUAGUGUUUCCGGCGCACUUCGUGCUGCAAGGGAGCUUGCUGUGUCGGAGCAAUGUAGGAUCAUACAUUCUCAUGCUAUAGUUACGGGACUUGAUGGAAAUGUUAUUGUGGGGACGGCUUUGGUUGAUUCGUAUGGGAAAGCUGGGCUUGUGUCUGAUGCUAGACAGGUUUUUGAUGAGAACUUGUCAAGCAUGAACAUUGUGGGGUGGAAUGUGAUGCUGGCUGGAUAUGCACAACAGGGGGAUACGAAAUCGAUGCUUGAGAUUUUCAAUGCAAUGGAAGCUCGGGGUCUUGUGCCGGAUGAAUAUAGUUUUUUGGCAAUUUUAACGUCAUUUUGCAAUGCAGGUUUGGUUUCUGAGACUGAUUGGUGGCUGACCCGGAUGAAGGUAGAUUAUGGGUUGGAACCAGCGAUCGAGCAUUAUACGUGUUUGGUUGGUGCAAUGGGAAGAGCUGGUCAAUUGGAAGAGGCUGAAAGGGCUGCACUGACAAUGCCGUUGAUACCAGACGCUGCAGUGUGGCGAUCAUUGCUAUCAAGUUCAGCGUAUCAUAAAGCACCUGAUUUCGCUAGCUCCAUGGCUAAACGGUUAUUGGAAAUUGACCCACAUGAUGACUCUGCUUAUGUAAUUGCUGCAAAUGUGUUAUCAAACGCUGGAAGGUGGGAUGAAGUUGCAGAAGUGAGGAAGAUGAUGAAAGAUAGGAGGGUACAGAAGGACGGUGGAAGGAGUUGGAUCGAGGUACGGGGGAAAGUUCAUGUCUUUUUCGCCCGGGACAGAAGGCAUGAAAGAAUGAAUGAGAUCUAUGCUAAAUUGGUAGAGUUGAUGGAGGAGAUAGGAAAAUUAGGAUAUGUGCCGGUUUGGGAUGAGAUAUUGCAUGAAGUUGGGGAAUGGGAGAAAAAGGAAGCCCUUUGGUAUCACAGUGAGAAGUUGGCAGUAGCAUUUGCAGUGGUGAGUGGCGCGGCACCACCAGGCAAGUCAAUAAGGAUUGUGAAGAAUUUGAGGAUAUGCCGGGAUUGCCAUGAGGCAUUCAAGUAUAUCUGCAGAGUAUUGGAGAGGGAGAUCAUUGUGAGAGAUGUAAACAGAUACCAUAGAUUUGUUAAUGGUAGUUGUACUUGUGGAGAUAUAUGGUAGAUUGUUUAAUAUAGUUGAACAGAAGAGGAGAAGAAGAGGAAAAAGGAAAUGGGUUUGUGUUCAUUUUAUUUAGUUUGCUUUGUCGUUUGGGUUAUUCUUUUGGAUUAUGUUAAUAGAAAGUAGAAAAUAAAAUGAUUCUGAAAUGGAUUUUCUUGUUUCUUCCUGAGGAUUUAUUGGUCAUUGUAUUUUAUCUACAGAAAAGGAGAACCAAGAUGUU